UCCAUGUAAAAAAUGGAUGGAAAUCUAACCGCUACAUUUUUUAAUGUGUGAAUUAGCCAUUAGUUGCAAAUUAGUAGCAAAUAUAGAUAGUGAUUCAGCAUUAACAGCAGCAAACAUUAACUAAUAAGCUCAAGAUCGAUUUAUUUGCAUUUGCAUUUGUGUGUUGAUCGGGAAAUGUCAUCAGCCAGUAACCUGUAUACUGUAUAUGAAACGAAGAUAAAUUAAUGUAAACCACUUCAAGGCAAAUGCAAAGUAAUUAUACGAGCAUAAAUCAAAUAAUAAUUAAUUGAUGUAGUGUUCGUUCGAAAAGUCAUUGUAACACUGUAAUCCUAAUAUAAUACUGUAAUACUGUAUUGUUAUUAAUCAAAACGCAAAGUUGGAAUAUGUUUUGUCAGGGACGACUUACCGUACAUGUGUUUCCACUAUGGCGGCCCAUGUACGCAUGCGCAGUAUGGGGUGCUGGCGGAUUUAGUUCCGGUGCAAUUUUGGUUGCUACACUGCGAAAAUGGCGACUGCCAGAGGAAACGUGGAUGAAAUACGAAAUCGGGUUAUUUUAGGGGAAUUUGGCGUGAGAAAUGUUCAUACAACUGAUUUCCCUGGAAACUAUCCUGGCUAUGAUGACACCUGGGAUAUGCAGAAAUUUCAAAAGAGCUUCAGAAUUGAUGUUGUGCAGCUGAAUGAGAACUUUAUGGAGUUUGACAUGGUGGGGAUCGAUGCAGCCAUUGCCAAUGCCUUCCGGAGGAUCUUACUAGCAGAGGUUCCCACCAUGGCUAUUGAAAAGGUUUUCAUUUAUAACAACACGUCUAUCGUCCAAGAUGAGGUGCUGGCACAGAGAUUAGGCCUCAUCCCCAUCAAGGCUGACCCCUGCUUGUUUGAAUACAGAAGCACCGAUAAAGACUCUGCAGAGGAGGAAGAGUCAGAAAUAGACACAAUCAAACUACGCCUGAAGAUUAAAUGUAGCAGGAACCCCAGAGCAAGCAAGGAUUCUUCUGACCCAAAAGAACUCUAUCAAAACCACAUGGUUUAUUCCAGAGACAUAAAGUGGGUCCCCGUUGGUAACCAGGCUGAUGUGUUUGCCGACUCCAACAUUGGACCAGUACAUGAUGACAUCCUGAUAGCUCUGCUACGUCCAGGACAGGAACUCGAUAUCAUAAUGCACUGUGUGAAAGGGAUUGGAAAGGAUCAUGCCAAGUUCUCUCCGGUGGCCACCGCAAGUUACCGCCUCCUGCCAAAGAUCACCCUCCUGGAUACAGUGCAGGGAGAGAAGGCGGAACGGCUAAAACGCUGCUUUUCACAAGGAGUUAUAGGCCUGGAAGAUAUUAAUGGGGAAAAGGUUGCUAAAGUCGUCAACAGUCGCUUGGAUACAUGCAGCAGGGAAGUUCUACGUCAUGAUGAUUUAAAGGAUCUGGUGAAGCUCGGAAGAGUGCGAGACCAUUUCAUCUUUUCUGUGGAGUCGACAGGAAUCCUGACCCCAAACCUCCUUGUCAGAGAAGCUAUCAAAGUUCUUAUGGCCAAGUGUCGGCGAUUCCUAAGUGAACUGGACUCCACUGACAUGGAGUGAAGUGAAGAUCUACUACAAUGACAUGGUAUUCGUGGAGAUGUUAUUUUAAACUUGCUUUUGCAAUAAAGGUAAUUAGAAUGUG